AUGUCUCAACCCAAGACCUCUUCCAAGUCCAAAUCUUCAAAGGGCGAAUCAAAGUCCUCAAAGAGCGAUUCCUCCAAGGUGCACAAGCUUGCGCUCAAGGGCUCUUCUAAACUCGUCAAUGAGUUUUUCGAGUAUUCCGUAAACACCAUUCUAUUCCAAAGAGGCGUGUACCCCGCCGAGGACUUCACCGCCGUGAAGAAAUAUGGUUUGACUAUGAUGGUGACUGCCGAUGACCAAGUCAAGGCCUACAUCAAGAAGAUCAUGGGCCAGCUGAAGGAGUGGAUGUACGGGGGCAAGAUCUCAAAGCUUGUCAUCGUCAUCACGAGCAAAGAGACUGGAGAGCAUGUUGAACGCUGGCAAUUCGACGUACAAAUCUACGGAAAGAGCGCCAAGGCAAAAUCUUCCAAAAAGACGGCAGACCAAGAGAACUCCGUUCCAGAUGCCAGCGAAGCAUCAGAAGACAAGACCGAAGCUGAAAUCCAGGCCGAGAUCCAGUCUGUCUUCAGGCAGAUCACCGCCUCCGUGACUUUCCUACCAAUGCUGGACGGAAACUGUACCUUCAACGUUCUUGUCUAUGCCGACGCGGACUCUGAAGUGCCUCUCGAGUGGGGUGACAGUGACGCCAAGGAGAUCAAGAAUGGGGAGAAGGUGCAGCUGCGCAGCUUCAGCACAAGCAACCAUCGUGUGGACACACUAGUGAGCUACAGACUUGCCGAUUAA